AUGCCGUUUGAGUUCAUUCGGAUGAUAGAAGCAUGUUGGCUGUUUAGUGUUUUGACGUGUCAAUGUCUGAACUUUUUUGCAUUCCAUCUAACCAACACAUCUGUGCAAAACGUGGUCCUCAUUGCAUUUGACAGAUACCUGGCCCUGAGCAACCCCUUUCUCUACGCCAAACGGAUCACUCUGAAACCGGCCAUCCUCGUUGCCAUGGCAAGCUGGGUCGUCUCGUCGGUGGGCGUCUUUGCUCUCCUCUACACCAACGGCUUUUUCCAGGCCUCGGUGACGCCGUGUGUAACCCAAUGUCCCAUUGCCGUGGAUCAAGAGUCCUCUCUUAUCGGUUUUGUUGUGACGCUUGUCUUACCCUGCUCCAUCAUGUUUGUGCUGUACCUGAAAAUCUUUGCCAUUGCGCGGAGACACGUCAAUGCCAUCAGGGCAGCUAAUAGCCAGGGCAAGCCGAACGCUAAGCUAGACGACGAUCUCAAACGAUCUGAGAGAAAAGCAGCUAAAGCUCUCGGAAUACUGGUGUUGGUUUUCUUGUUAUGUGUGGUGCCAUAUUUCCUCGCUAGUGUCCUGGCUGACUUUAUCCCCGGUCGAGUCUUUGAAGAUGUGUUAAGUUACACGUCACUUAUACUCUACCUCAACUCUUCAUUCAACCCAAUUCUUUAUGCCUUGUUCUAUCCCUGGUUUCAGAAAAGCAUGAAAAUGAUAUUAACUGGUUGCAUAUGCACUCAAGCCGACUCAGGCGCCACCUCCACCCCUCCUACCACCAUCAACAGUUGGUUCUCGUCUGAAGGGGGCAGGCUACGCCCACCUCCAGCUCCUACCACGGAAUUUGAUGAGAAGACGGGAGUCUGUGCGAAAGAGAUUCAUACAUCGCAUACAGGGCCGGAUUAA